AUGGCGCAACAUAAAGAAGUCAAGAUGGCACACGUCAACCUCAUGGCCGAUACAGUAAUAGCAAACUUACCCGAAGAAGCCCUACGCUCAGUUCUGCGGUCAAUGCUAGCGACAGAUCCGUCCAUCACAUCAACUUUCGAAGAUCGAAGCAGGGAUUAUCUGCGCAAGACAUCUCGAAAACGUUUCGGCUUCUGGGAAUCAAGCAGCGAUGGGCUGAUACCCACGAAGGAGCUGCAGACAGCUCAACAAAGGAUGCGAUCUAUGCUCGGUUGCGGCAUGUGCUACGAAGCAGUCCCUAUCUUGACUGACAUAAUCAAAGACGUCGCUAGACACAACAAUGUCUUGUCGCCUCAAUUAACCAAGCUUCUCUCAGCCUUGGACGGCGACAUUGUGCAGACCGUCACAGCGGUGCAAAAGACUCUUCUGUCAAGUUCAGGCACUCGACUGUUUUCGACUGAAGAGAGGGCCUCUCUGGUGCAAUUGCACGACUCGAUGCAACAUUUGCAGAGCAUCUCAAGCAAUGACUUCAUUUUCGAACGGAGUUUCACCGCUUUGACUGGUCUAUUGAGUGGCGGCGACUCAUCUUCUGGCCGACCCAAUAGCACGCACGAAGCAUCUUUCAAGGUCCCCGCUAUACCAGCCAGCAUAGAGACCUUCAGCCUCAACAAUAUUCCCCUCCCGCGACUAUUCUCCGGCCUAUGGCAACUCUCGAGCCCGUCAUGGGGUGUAGCGUCCACCAAACAGAUCCAGGAGCAUUUCCAAGCGCAUGUGUCUCAGGGCUUCGUCGCCUACGACAUGGCGGACCACUACGGCGAUGCAGAGAUCGUUUUUGGGAACUUUCGAGCCUCAUGCACGAACCCCGAUAGCAUCUUUGGAGCAACGAAAUACUGCAUCUUCUCGCCCAUAACUGUGACCCGCGAAGUCAUCACAGCAAACGUUUUGGAACGAUGUCAGAGGAUGAGGUCUGACCAUGUCGACCUGCUGCAGUUCCACUGGCAAUUCUACAACGACAAGCAAGACAUCCAAGCGUUGAAGUACCUGCAAGAAGACUCAAGAGUGCGCCAGCUUGGUCUUUGCAACUUCGACACCGAGCGUCUCGAGGAAAUCGUCCAAGCAGGCAUCAAGAUCCACACCAACCAAGUCCAGUUCUCGCUGAUCGACUCUCGACCUGUCUUCAAAAUGGGCGCAGCUUGUGAGAAGCAUAACAUCAAGCUACUCACAUACGGCACACUAUGUGGCGGGUUCAUUGCCGAGAAAUGGCUCGCUCAGCCUGAACCUGAACUCUUCCAUGGCGGCAUAACACCCAGUCAACGGAAAUACUACGAGAUGAUUGUCAACUGGGGUGGCUGGGAUCUGUUUCAAGAACUUCUGCAUACACUCAAGAAGAUUGCCGAGAAGCACAAUGUGACCAUAUCCAAUGUUGCAGCAAGAUGGGUACUCGACUUUCCCUAUGUGGGUGCAGUCAUCGUGGGCACUCGGAUGGGUGUCAGUGAGCAUGCAAAAGAGAACCUGGCAACGUAUGGAUGGCGGCUGGAUGACGCCGACCAGGGAGCGAUAGGUGACAUUCUCGAGAGAAGUAGGAGAAAGCAGUUGAUUGAUCUGCUCGGUGACUGUGGUGGCGAAUAUCGUUGA